GUUGGUUUCAUCCUGCCCUACUUAGUGUCUUGACGCCGCCGGCUCUGACUGAAUCUGACAUUUUCAUUUUUGUUUUGUUUUUUUCUGUGCGAAUAUGCCUCCUCCGGCAGAGGACGCCAUCCGCGCCGUCUCCGUGCUGGCCACGCAGCUCGGCAACCAGAUCUCAGUGCUGAUGCUGAACUACAUUAGCACUUCCAAAGACCUCCCCAGCGAGUUCGGCGCACUCUCGCACACGUUCCUCGACACCUGUCGCACGCUAUGGGCGAUUGAGACCGGCGUCAGCGAGCUGGCAGCCGCCAACCGCGCCCUGCCAGAGGUCAUCAUCAACGAAGUCGAGAAGAAAUUCGCCGCUGCAUACGCCGACUUCCAAUCGCUCGAGAAGCUCAUUGGGAAGCUCAACCACUACGAGCACCGCGGGACGUGGGGGAAGCUGCAGCGCGGUUUGCACCGACCGAGCCACGAGCUGCACCGCAUCCACGACUCGCUUAAGAAGACUAACGAGGCCCUCCAGAUCAGCGGCAUGGCCUUCCAUUGGACUCUGUCCCAGGGAGACUCUCUGGAGGAGUCGUUGGGUGGAGGGUACGCCAGCCUGGCUGCUGCGCUCGACCGCAUUGGUAAAGGCCGGUCAACUGAGACCGUCGACAGGAGGAAUACCCCUAAUCCUGAUCGCUCGCUGCCUUCUGACCAUUCGCAGCGGUCGUCGUCGCCCUCGGUGCCUCCAAAGGACGUCCCCUCUGCCCCGAGUCGACACGGCCAGAACCCGUCGAUCGAGCACAAGCCGUCUAUGGAGCAGAGGCAGGCUCCCCCAGACGACGAUGAGACGAUUACCGACGACAUGUCUUCGAUCCUAUCGCUCAACGGUUUCCUUGUCUCCCAGCCCGAUCGCGAGCCCGUACGAACCUCCUCUCUCCCUCAGCGCGGCCCCCCACCGGCCAGAAUCGGUCCUACAACGGCGUCAAUUGCGGAGGUAUACAGCAGACACACCAGCGAGGUGCCCAGCCAGGCCAGUAGGCUUGCCAAACCGCAGCCUGACACGCCUGCGCGGUAUUUGAAUGUGGCUGUGAGCCAGCAGAACACGGAGAGCAUGCGCCAGCUGCUGGCUCAGGGUGCAGACCCGAACCAGCAGACGAGCAGUGGCACGACGCUGCUGAUCCAGGCCAUCCGCGAGCGCACGCCAGCUACCGUGCUGAACAUCCUGCUGGACGGCGGCGCUGAUGCAGACCGUAAAGACAACUACGGCAAGACGGCGCUGUCCGAAGCGGUGCAGAGCAACCAGCCCGACAGCGUGGCCGCCCUGCUCGACCACGGCGCAAGCCCUAACUUGCCGGGCCCCGAGCACGCCCUCUGGCCUGCAGUCUAUCGCCCCAACUGUCUGCGCAUCCUGCUCGCUCGCGGCGCAGACAUCACCAAGACCCCCGGUCUAAUGGAGCAGGCCACCAGCGUCAACAGCAUCGACGCCGUCCGCGUGUUGCUCCAGGCAGGCAUCGACCCAAACUGCAAGAAAGACGGCAUCUACACGCCCCUCUGCUCCGCCAUCCGCGACGACCGCCCAGACAUCAUCUCCCUCCUGCUCUCCCACAAGGCAGACCCAAACCUCAAGGCCUCCGAAUACCCAGCCUGGAAAUGCAUCACCCACAACCGCAUCCACUUCCUCCCCGACCUCCUCGCCGCCGGCGCAGACCUACACUCUCCCCCGGGUAUCGCCGAGUGCGCCGUCUCCCACAACAACCUCCAAGCCCUAACCUGGCUCCUCCAAACCGGCGGCGUCAAUCCAAACGACCGCACAAAAGCCGGCCACACAGCCCUCACAACCGCCCUCCGCGAUAACCGUCUCGAGAUGCUGCAGUUUCUCCUCGCGCACGGCGCAGACCCUAACCUCCGCGGCCAGGACUGGCCCAUCUACAUGGCCACAAAGUCGCCAUCCCUCCUCAAGCUCCUCCUCCCAAAAGUCACCAACCUAGCCUCCCAUAAAGGCGUCGUCGAGCGCGCCGUACACGCCAACCAACUCGACAGCGUCAAACUGCUCCUAGACGCCGGCGCCUCCGCGGAGUGGAAGAACGGUGGCGUCUUCUCCCCUCUCACUACGGCGCUGCGGGAGAAACAUAACCACAUUGUACACUUCCUCCUUGAACCUGAUACCAACACCAACACCAAGGACGGUAAGGACGGAAGUAGGUGCAGGGCAGACCCCAACGCCCCCGGCGAGCAUCUCCCGCUGGUAAAAGCCAUCCGCCGCUGCGAUGACGGGGACUUCUCCAUGAUCUCGCUGCUUCUUAGUAAAGGCGCGGACCCGAAUAAGAGCUACCGCGGCUGGAACGCGAUCAUGCAGGCGAUUGAGAACCGGGAUCUGCCAUUGUUGCAGCUGUUGGUUGAGAAGGGGGGGAAGGUGGAUUUUACCCAGAAGGAUGAGACGGGCAGGACGGUGUUGGAGAUGGUGGAAGGGGAUGGGUGGGAGGAGGGGAGGGAGGUUGUUAUGGCUGGACGGACUUGAUAUACCACUCUAUCUUAUGUAUGUAUGUACUAGUAGGCUGUCGCUGGUUGAUGGUCUGCCGUUCUUUCCUUGAUGGAGACUAAUUUCCUUAAUGUUUAUGUUUGAUGUCGUGAUGUUAUAAAGUUGGUAAAGGUUACUUACCCUAAUAAGCACCGAGUUUAUGGUAGAAAGUAGAUAAGCUAGGAGACGGAAACCGG